AUGUGCUUUGCAUUUAAGUACCCUGUGAUCUACACCGACUGCACCCAGGAAGUGCGCCAUUUCGCCUGGAAAGAGGUGUACUUCCAAUGCCGUGACCGGUGCAACGAUCCGACAGACUUCCGGCCGUGUGAGUUGGAUCAUGUUCAGGGCUUCGUUACCAUCGGCAGCUUGUACAUGAGGGGUAUCCCUUGCCGCCUCUGCGAUUGGGACCACCAGGCCGAACGGUUCGAUCCCAGCAACGGUGCCAGGCUCUUCAAUGUGAUCAAGCGCCCCCAUGACUACGAACUCGAGUGGAUCAUGGAGUACAUGAACGACCUCGUCCCCCUCGGCUCUCGAGCCAUUCCUCCCGUCGAAACUGAAAAGAACCCUCGCAGCUUCGUCGAAUACUGGAUGCCUGUCGAGGAUUCAGAGGGCGAUGAUGAUACUGACGACUCCGAGGCGCCCGAGGACGAUAUUGCCGAUGGCUUCGACAUCGUGACUGAUGAGGACUACACUUCCGACUUCGAGGUGCUUGACGAGUUCGAGCUGUGA